AUGGCGGCGCGGCCCCCGCCCCGUCCCCAGCCCCCUCACUGCUCUCACACCCAAAGACGCCGGGAAUUCACCGGCUGCGGGCCGCACGAGGUGGCGCUGCUAGCCAAGCCCUUCAAGAGAAACAUCGUGGAGGAGGCGAUUUUGGCUGAGAGGGUGCGGCAGGAGGAGCAGUGUGAGCAAGAACGUGACCUGCGGGUGUUCUGGCACUACCGCAACGCCUGCGACUGGCACAAGGGCGGCGAGGACAAAUGGCUGCACCGCACUGUCGAGAGGAAGGUCCGGGAAACCCUGCAGCAGUACCUGCAGGAGAUCGAUGUGAGAAGAGAGAGGCUGCGUGACUUUCUGGAGGCAGAGGAAAGUAGGCACUUUGCUGAGGUGGAAGCACUUGAUGAAGAAAAUGCACAGAACAGAGAAGUAAAGAUGAAGGAACAAGCAAAAUUACUGAGGGAGAAGAGGGAGCAGGAUAGACUAAAAGUGGUGGCUGAGAAGCGAGAGCAACAGUUCAGAAACCGAUGUGAAGAGUAUCGCAUACUCUGUAAAAAACAGAGUGAGAAGGAGCUGGGUGACUGCCAGCUGGCCCAGCAGACUCUGAAGGAGAUACUGAAAAAGGAAGAGAAGAUGCAGGAGCAGAAGUUGGAAGAGAUUUGUGAGAAGGAACUGUUGGCUAAGGAUGAGGAAGCAGAGCUGAAGGCACAGGAGGUGGCAGCGCGGAUCCGGGAGAUGCUGGAUGUGCGUGAAGCCCAGGUGGCCGUGCACACCGCUCGCCAAGAGGAGAAGAAGCAGGAGAUAAAAAAGGAGGCUGAAUGGCUGGAACAAGAUCUGCACCAGUUUAGGAAGGAAAAUGAAGAGCUUGAGAGGAAGAGGCGACAUCAGCAGAAGGAAUGCAGGGAGCUAUUGCUCAAAGCAGUGCAGGACAAGCAGAAACAUCUUGAUGCAGAAAAACAAACUCAACUUGCCCAAGAGAAGAAAAUCUUGGAAGAAGACUUUCAGGACACCAACAGGAUAUAUGCUGAGAUAACAACGAAAAAACAAGCGCUGUUGAAGGAGCAGCUUACUUACCUGGAUCAUCUGGCUGAACAGCUGAGGAGGGAGAAGGAGCAAGAAAGAGAAGACGAGAAGCUCUUGAAGGAAGAGAGGGAUCAGGCUUGGGCCAAGAGGGUUGAGAAAAUGAAAGAAGAGAGGGAGGCUCGAUUUCAGCUGCUGAGAGAUGUCAUGAACACAAGACAGACUCAGAUGGAGGAGAAGUUGCAGAAAAAAGCACAGAGGAAAAUAGAGAUUGCUGAAGAGAAGAAGAAAAUGGCUGAAGCAAUCAGAGAAUUUGAACGUGAAGAAGAAGAAAAACGUAUAAGAAAAGUACAGAAGGCCAAAGAAUACAGAGACCAGCUCACAACUCAAAUUGCCUAUCAACAGUGUCUCCAGAAAGCUGAGGAAGAGAAGAGGAAGAAAGAGCAUGAAUCAAACAUGGAAGCAGAGAGAAAGUACCAGGAAAGGGUACAGUUAAUUCUGUCAAUGCCCAACGAGUCUGUGCUAAAGCCUCCCACUACGAAAAAAGCACUAAUGCUUGACUCUUAA